AUGACCCAGCUUAGCAUAGAGACAUUCGUGGUCUUCACAGCCUUCGGGCUACUCUGGCUCUCGUAUGAAUAUUUUCGACCCGGGAGUAUACUAAGCCGGUUUGCGAGCAUGCGAAGCAAGCUACCUCCCGGUCCCCCAGGGCUCCCGAUCUUCGGAAACAUGUUCCAAUUUACGAGAGCCCGAGAUGCAGGGUUAUGGGGCCCGUUCGUAAGUCCAGGCUUCUUGCCCUCCGCCGCCUCACUACGCCAAUACGGUCCAAUGACCACACUGCACAUGGGCUUCCAGACCUGGGUGGUGCUGAAUGGCCCCGAACGACCAGACAUGCCCAUUGCUGGUGAUCUCGUCAGUCACGGUUUACGCACUGUCAUUCGUCCCACUGCUGCAUGGACUGAGGGGAGACGCGUGAUGCACCAUCUGCUCAGCGGAUCCGUUCUGCGUAUAUACGGCAACUGGCAAGAGAUUGAGUCGCUCCAGAUGCUCUCUGCCUAUCUGCGGGAGCCCAAGCACUGGUACGCGCACCACUAUCGCUACUCCAUUGCUGUGCUAUACCGUCUUGUCAUGGGGGAGAAUCUCUCCAAGACGCAGGAUGAGUUAAACGACUAUCAGAAAGUAACGAUGGAGAUCACGUUGAGCUCACUCAACAGCAUGGUUGAUUUCUUUCCGCGGCUGGAUCGCUGGAUUCCUAUCUAUCUACAGUGGUGGCGACCGUACUGGGCAAAGAUGGGUGACUUCCAUCAUUCGGUGUUCAAAUCGUGGUGGGAUCCCAUCCGUGAUGCUGUCCGCCAAGGGACAGCCAAUCCUGGCUUCGUGCGAGACACACUGCUCCAUCCAGACAUGCGCUACAAGGGCACUGAGGAAGAAGCCAUGUAUCUCGCCACGUCGGUCAUUGCAGCCGGCAGCGACAAUACCCGCAUGGCGCUCAACACAUUCAUCAUGGCAAUGAUCAGCCAUCCGGAAACGAUGGCUCGCGCUCGCCAGCAGUUAGAUGCUGUCUGCAUCAACGAAGAUGGUACACUACGGCUCCCCGGCAUGGCGGACUUCGACCGUCUACCCUACCUGGCUGCUAUGGUUAAAGAGGUCCUGCGCUGGCGACCUACAACACCCGUCACGCCGCAGCAUCAGCUGACAGAGGAUCUGGAGUAUGAAGGGUACCGUUUCCCGAAAGGAACAUGCUUUGUAGUCAACGGGAUUGCACUUGGUCAGGUAUGCGACAACCCAGAUCAAUUCGAUCCAUCGCGUUGGCUGGACGGGAACGAGGGCAAUAUCGUACAUAAUCUCUGGGCGUUUGGUGGCGGAAGACGUAUCUGUGUCGGUUACCGAGUUGCCCAGCAGGCACUAUAUGUGGCUAUAGCACGAAUUAUUUUCUGUUUUGAUUUAUGCGCGGAUGGUCCAAUCGAUACACGGAAGCUUAACCAUUUUCACAUCCAUAACGAACCAUUUCCUGUUAGGGUGACUGUUCGUAGUGCCAAGCAUGAAUUUCUGAUCAAAGAAGAAGCAGAGAAAGCGAGUACAGCUUUUUAA